AUGGCUGGCAAAACGAAUCCCUUUGACACCUGCAUUUAUGUUAGAGUAAAGCGUCAUCAGCAGACCUUCUUCGUCUUGUGCGAUGAAUUUGAAGAAGUAGCUGCCUUUAAAGGUAGAAUCCUAGAUAUGUUUACUCAGACUAAUGCUGUUAAGCUGAGUGAUGAUUUCUCAGUUGAUGACAUUAAACUAUUCAUCAGAAACAGAAUUUUAGAGAAUUCAGCUACAUGCCAUGAUCAGCAGUUGUUUAAUGAUUCUGUCGUGUAUAUAUGUUUGAAAAAACCAAAUACUAAGGACGAAUUCGAAGACUUAGCGGAUGUUAGUGGACAAUAAUUUGAAUAUGAAUACCCACCAAAGAAGAAGGAGGAGCCAGUUGCCCAAUCUGAGGAUAAUUGA